CUGGCAAGUGACAGUCGGACGCAGACGCACCAGAAAGAUGCCUUCCUCACUAACCGUGCUUUAUGUUUUGUAUAUGUGUUUCUACUUUUCUCGAAGUGAGGACUACGUACUUGAUGAUAAAUUAGGACGAACAUUUGACGGCAUUGGUGGUUUAAGUGGUGGGGGGGCAACAUCUCGCCUCCUUGUUAACUACGCUGAGCCAUAUCGUAGUCAAAUUCUGGACUACCUUUUCAAGCCAAACUUUGGGGCCUCUCUUCAUAUUUUGAAAGUUGAAAUAGGUGGUGAUGCUCAGAGUACAGAUGGAACGGAGCCCUCUCAUAUGCACUACGAGAAUGACGAGAACUACUACCGUGGCUACGAGUGGUGGCUGAUGAUGGAGGCUAAGAAGAGGAACCCCAAUAUAACACUCAUAGCUUUACCAUGGGCAUUUCCCGGAUGGGUUGGCCAUGGAGAGAACUGGCCCUAUGACUAUCCUGACAUAACGGCCAACUAUGUUGUGUCCUGGAUACUUGGUGCAAAGCGGUGCCAUAACUUGGAUAUAGACUAUGUUGGAAUAUGGAACGAGAGGCCAUUUAACAGCAAGUACAUCAAGCUCCUACGGUAUACGCUGGAUAAGAGUGGGCUAGACUCUGUGAAAAUCAUAGCCAGUGACAACCUGUGGGAACCCAUAGCAUCCGAGGUGCUUCACGACGAAGAGCUCAGCGCCGCUGUAGAUGUUAUUGGAGCGCACUAUCCCGGCACCACGACAUUAAUAGAUGCCUUGAAGACUGAGAAGACGUUGUGGGCGUCUGAAGACUACAGCUCUUUCAAUGAUGAAGUAGGAGGAGGAUGCUGGGCCCGCAUACUCAACCAGAACUAUGUCAACGGCGCCAUGACUUCAACUAUAUCUUGGAACUUGGUGGCGAGUUACUACGAGAGUCUGCCAUUCGGCCGAGAUGGUCUUAUGACCGCUGAGGAGCCAUGGAGUAGCAACUACGUUGUGAACUCGCCUAUCUGGAUAUCAGCCCACACCACCCAGUUCACCCAGCCUGGCUGGAGCUACCUGCAGACUGUCGGCCAUCUUAGGAAAGGGGGAAGUUACGUAGCUUUGACUGACCGCAAUGGCCAUCUCACAGUUGUCAUAGAAACCAUGACUCAUGACCACUCUAUUUGCGUAAGACCUCCUCUCGAUCCCUAUGCGGUCGCACCCCAGAAUGCCACAUUCCACCUGAAGGGAUCCUUUGCUUCCAUAUCGCAGCUUCAGUUGUGGAAGUCUCGGUUUGAUUUCAAAACCAAAAACCCUGUCUUCUUCCAGAAGCUGGACCCAGUUAAGAUGUCCGAUGGGUCUUUCACCCUACAACUGGAUGUUGACGAAGUGUACACUCUCUCCACCAUAACUACAGCUCAGAAAGGAGCGUUUCCUGACCCGCCCUCCUCUGCUCCCUUCCCCAAAAAGUAUCAGGAUGACUUCAAUACCAAAAACCCUCCGUUCUCAGAGGCCCCAGACUUUGCCGAUCAGACUGGAGUUUUCGAGUACUUCAUGAAUCUCACUGAUCCUGGCCCACAUACGUAUACCUUGCGUCAGGUGGUCACCCAGCGCCCAAUUACCUGGGUGGCAGAUGCGGAUCAGACCAUCAGUGUCAUUGGAGAUUUCUCCUGGCAGAAUAUCACAGUUACCUGUGACGUCUUCAUUGAAAAGGCCAAAACUGGGGGUGUGUUCAUUGCUGCUAGAGUGGACAAUGGAGGAAGUGAUGUCAGAACCACCAAAGGGAUUUUCUUCUGGGUUUCUGCUGACGGCACGUACAAAGUCACCAGUGACAUACAGGGAACGACCAUUCUUACUGAGGGUAAAUCAGGAACGUCAUCUGAUAGUUGGUACACACUGUCCCUUUCAAUCAAGGGUGAUACCGCCUCAGGGAUGCUGAAUGGAUCAUCACUUUGGAAGACUGCUGUGGUGUCUGGGAAGGUGCCUAAGAAUGGAUGGGCUGCCAUCGGGACCAGUUCAUUUGAGCUUGCGCAGUUUGAUAAUUUCUCAAUAGAGGCAGAGUGAUUCUACUUAUUCGACCCCUCUAUGAUAGAUUCACCUUUCCCUUGAAUACUUAAAUUCAGAUUUUCUGAAAUUUAGCCGUGCAAUAAUAUGCAUGUUUUAUAGGUUAGAUCAAUCACAAUAAUUGGCAAACCUCUGUUAAUGCAUCACCCAAGAAAUGAUUCCCAUUCAUGUCUGCACUUUGAGACCACUUGUCAUUCAAGUAAUUUAGGGAUGUGCACAUUUUAUGCGAGAUUGUUAUGUUUACAGCUUCAAGGCCAAAGUGCAAUCUACUGUUGCAUGAUGUGAUGCUGAUGCGUUGAUGCUUUUUAACCCAACGUUGGGCAAUGGCUCUACUUGUCAUGCAUUUGAAAAACAUUUUAUAGAUCUUUUUAAAGUGCCUCAAUGUUGAAAUGUCUUAAAUGAAAUCUUGAAGUGUCGAAUGUCCUGCUUUUUUGUAUUAAUACUGUGAAAAUGUAAACACAUUUUAUGCCUUAAUUUAACAGUGUGUGUGUGAUUCAAUUGUUUUUUCUAUGAUGGUGAAAUAAACAUGAAAUCAAAAGUAA